CCGGUUCAGUAAUCAAGCGAAGAACAAACGUAAACAUUGCAUUUUCCGCGAAGAGUUUUCAUGCACUUUUCGCUGCAUCCGUUGUGAGUACAGAAGCCCAAGCCGUUUCCCGUCGAAACUGAAUCUCAGAAAAUCUCAAGUUAAAAGUGACCGCCACUAGAAUGGACGAAGACGUCGAAUUCCGCGACAUGGUGCUCAAAAGGCUGGAAGAAAAUGGCUCCCUACUGGAAAUCAAGGCCAAACUCCGCGCAUAUCUGUACGACGUCAUCGAGAACGACGGAAAAGCUUCGACGGCGGAAGUGAUUCACGAUACCGAUCUGACGUAUAACAACAGCAGCAGCGGCAGUGCCACGGAUAAAUCGGAAGUGGACGAAGACGAUCGAAGAGAGGAACCGGACCAAGAGAUGGACGAUCGCUCGUUGGCACUGGGGCUGGUGUUUGAUUUGUUGGACUGCUUGAAGUUGCCUUAUACGAAGAAGGUGCUCUCGGCAGAAACGGGCGUGCAACGGCCAUGUACCAGAGUUCGACUGAAGAGGGAGUUCUUGAGGAAUUCCUCGAAAGAAGUAGGGGAUUCGGGAAGCGAAGCGAUUUUGCUGCAGCUGAUUGAGCAGAAUCGGAAAAGAUCGACAUCCGGCGAAUCCACAUCCGGAGGUGAUGUAUCACAAGUAAGUAAAGAUGUAACCGAAAGCCCUUCUUCCGCACAGGAAGAAGUGACGGACAAUUCCGCCGGAACAACGAUUUGAUUAUCGUUCGAAUGAAAUUUCAAUUCAACAUUCCCAUUUUUUAUAUUAGCAUAUAUCCUACUUAUGUGCCUUCAUUUUUAAGUGUAUUUUAAAUGUAUUAUUUUCUUUUGGUUUACAAAAAUGAA